AUGAAAGCAAACAAAGGCACAACAUUCAAAAAUCCCAAUUCCAGCUUUCAUGGGAACAUUAUCGCUAUGCUCCAUGCACGCACCGUACACAUGAGGUUAUCCGCAGCUGCAUAUGCAACCUAUAUUCCCACAACUGCUUUGGUACGAAGCGUACCUAUUAUUAUCGGUACCAUAUAUUUUUCUCGCGAUACCUAG